GCCAUGAGAAAAAAUAGUAACCAUUUUGACGUUUUAAAUUUUCAUUUACACGAUGGGCGUUUCGAGAUUUUCUACGUUUAUAAUCAAAAUUCUCAGUCCGUACCAAUUUAUCACCCGUUUCUGGUCGCACUACGGCAUUUUUGGUAGAAGCGCGACCACCGCGCCGUUGCGUCCGACUCGUGAAGCUAGCGGUGGUUGCGAGAAAAAACCGCCGUGCCCGCCGCCGCCUUCCUGUCCUCCGCCAUCGAAACCGGCGUGCCCGCCUCCCGAACCGCCGAAACCGGAAUGUCCACCAUGUCCACCCAAAAAUCCGCCCCCCGAUCCCUGCAAAAAGAAGUGCGCCGCCACCAGCAACGACUAAGAAAACCCCUCAUCGGCAGAUACACGUUGGAUACCAAGGUCAGUUUGGGCGAGCCCGAGACUGUGAAAAAAUCGAUCAUUGCCUGCGCGAAAACGGAGAUACUGCUUCGGGAAAUUCGUCACUAUUGCUCGAACGUUUGCAAGGGGCCCAUAGCCUGUCCCAAGUGUCAGAAAAAAGGAUGUAAAUGCGGCGCAAGCGCACCGCAUCCGUUUCGCGACGUCUCCGACGCCGAAAAGAAGAGUAUCGACACCUACUUCGAGUGCUACAAGACGAAGGAGUACUACAUGUACGGCCCUUACUCCUACUACGACAUGAUGUCGCACUUAACCCGCCACCGCCUCCCUCAACCGACGGCCAAAAGUACCCAACUGUAACUGUCCGAAAUAAACCAUAGUCUCGUUUA